UGCGUGCGAAUCAUUUCUCCCCACUCUCCCUCCUCUUGCUGAGUUCUUCCUCUUCUCCCCCCCUCUCCCCGCGGCGGCGGCAGCAGCAGCAGCAAGCAGCAUCCUCGGAUCGGGAGCAGAGGACACGCAGCAGCAGCAGGAGGAGGAGGAGGCCAUGAGUCUCUUCGGUCUCGGCCGGAACCAGAAGACGUUCCGUCCCAAGAAGAGUGCUCCGUCGGGCAGCAAGGGGGCGCAGCUUCGAAAGCACAUCGAUGCCACUCUUGGCAGUGGAAACCUUAGGGAAGCUGUAAGGUUGCCGCCUGGAGAAGAUAUCAAUGAGUGGCUGGCUGUGAAUACUGUGGAUUUCUUUAACCAAGUUAAUCUGCUGUAUGGCACACUUGCUGAAUUCUGCACACCUGAGAGCUGCCCAACAAUGACUGCAGGCCCAAAGUAUGAGUACAGAUGGGCUGAUGGUGUCCAGAUAAAGAAGCCCAUAGAAGUGUCAGCACCAAAAUAUGUGGAGUACCUAAUGGACUGGAUUGAAGGCCAACUUGAUGAUGAAUCUAUAUUUCCCCAGAAGCUUGGCACACCAUUCCCGCCAAACUUCAAGGAGGUCGUAAAGACAAUUUUCAAGCGCUUGUUUCGUGUUUAUGCCCACAUAUAUCACUCCCAUUUUCAAAAGAUUGUCAGCCUCAAGGAGGAGGCCCAUCUUAAUACCUGCUUCAAGCAUUUCAUUCUGUUUACAACUGAAUUUGGCCUGAUUGACAAGAAGGAGCUGGCUCCACUCCAGGAGCUCAUCGAAUCGAUUAUUCCUUACUGAGAAGAAUACGGGGGACCGAACUGAACGGGGAUACCGAGUUCUUUACAUUGACGAUCGAGGGAUCAGGCUACUUGCAACACUAUUUUACUGGCAUAGAGCUUACUGUUCCAGACAUCAGACAUAAAAAGAACAAUUGACAUUGCUAAUGCUAUCUUGGUGUCAUUGUGUGUACCUACGUUCGUUCGACCUGAUUCGAUAUUGCCUUUGUAAACGUGCUUGUAAUGUAAUAACAGGAAUGUUUGAUUGGGGUAUAUUGCAAAGAACAAUGUAUGAAUCCAAUCGUCAGUUGCUAUUAUUGCUUCC